AGAUACACUAGAUUUGGAUACAAGUUCACAUGCUGAUUAAGUGGCCUAAAUGGCAUAUUUCCCUCGAUUUGCACCAUUUUACGAACCGCACAAUGAACAUCAAUUUUAUGGAGAAGAUGAUGGUCAAAUUCGGUUGAGAAACAAUGAAAGUGGCCAGGAUAAUGUAAACACAAACGUGCACAGAUACUCAGAUGGAUGGGCUAACGUUGUACAAAGCAGUGGAAACCUUUUCUACUCAGAGAACUCAGAGAGGCCUCAUUCCUAUAGUCGACAAGAUGAGAGUGCCUACCACUCUCGACAGGCAAGCUACCAGUCUUCCGGGAGUCAUCAGUCUAGCAGUAGCGACUCCCCUCGACAACAACUUCAUCGGCGAAACAGUAGGGAGUCAAAUGCCAGUCAAAAGUCAUAUAGUGGUAGUCAGAAUUCAACUGCACAAGAUAAGUCUUCUGGUCAUGUGACUAGUGACAAUUACAGUGAUCAUCACUUUCAAAGAGACAUUACUUUGAGACAAUCUGAUCAAAGUUAUACAGGUUUUUCUAAGAAUCUCAAUAAUAAUGUUGACCAACGUCCUACCAGGUCAAGUCAAAGAAAUAACCAUCACCACAGACAGACUAGUGUUCAUUCAGUUAACGGAAGUAAUAGUCCAAUAUAUAGCCAGUCCGGAAAGCGAAAGUCAGUGUUAAUGGUGGCCAACUUGAGACAUAUUAGUGAUGUGAGAAAAGCACAGGGCGUGGAACUGUGUGAGAGACUCUUUGGUAUCAAACUGUGCCACCACAAACAGAAGCCUCCGCGACCAAAUGGUGCAAGUGUUGACCCAGCUUUGAGAGACAGGAAGAUCAUUGUCCAGGGUGUUGUCCAAGACUCGGAGGCUGAUAUUUGUGGGCAAAUUAACAGAGGGGACAUGUUGGUUGGCCUGAAUGAUUGUGAUCUUACCUGGCUGAACAUUGAUGAAAUGCUAAGACAGGCUGCUCAAUCCUUGCAAAAGGUGAAGUUGACAUUCCAGAUGCCAGUGGUUGUUGGUCCGAAGGCUGCCACGCCCCCUUUAACUCCCACCAGGCACACCCCACCACCUCUGCCACCCCACAUACCCCUCCAUCCCCGCCUCACACCCCCUCCACGGCCCCCACCACCUCCAAUACCCAGUUGUGGGGUGCGGCCUGAUCUCAUCACCAUGACAACUGGAGAAUCUCCGUCCACAAUUAGGGAGAUUGUUGGUCGGUACUUGGUGGCUGUCAUGUAUCUCACGUUUGCAGGCCAGUCCGAAAACUCAAAGGAUGAUGUGAUCUACCAGUUUCCGGUCACUGACAACAAGUUGAUCGAUGUCCGAGGAAUUUUCCUCACUCUUGGAAACAUGCUUCCUGACAUCACCAGUAAUACUCCUAAAUUGACAACUCUGACAUACAGGGGCCAUAACUCCCAUGUUGUGUACUGGAAAGAGGAUCAAGAUGUGUUGUUACUAGCUUUACCAGAACAACAGGUGCCGCCCUUCUACCUUCUCCAUAUCUUCUCCGACCUUCUUCAUGUCAUCAAUGUACUGUAUGGAUCUGUACAAAGGGUAUUCCGGGACCAUGAGCUACACAGCUGCCUUGAUGAACUGGUGUUGUUGACCCUACAUCGCACCCUACAGUCAGGAGUGAACCCUGGGGCUAUACCACACCCCAGCCCCCUGGAGCCCAGACUGCUUGACACCCUUACAGGUGUUCGGGGUCUUCAGCUGACCCCUGAUGAUAAGAUAUCAUGUGAUGAGAUUUUAAAUGAAUUUGAAGCUCAGGACUUUUCAGACUGUGAUGUUAUUGACCGUGAUGAAAGAAGAAAGUAUGGUAUUGUGGGCUCUUGCCUAUUUUACAGGGAUUACCUAUUGUGUUCACACCUGUGCCCGGGCGACCUACGGGAUGUCGCACUCUACCUCCGAUACCAUGGGCUCCUAAAGUUGGCGGCUGGCUCGCCCGAUGGGGAAGUGUGUAUGUGGAGCGAGAUCUACCCCACUCGCCUCUGUCAUCAACCUCACCCUGAUAAUCCCGGAUACAGGGAACCACAGGCUCGCUGGUACCUUCUAGUGGUGAACAUGCGCCAGUUCCAGCUAUGUACGGUCCUAGAGGCUGGCAGCUACUCCAAGCCAGUCACAGUUAAACCACAGGUGGACCAGUUCUUACUGGAGCAGUCGAAGGAAACACUCUCCCAAUUGGACCUUGAUGAUACUGACAUCGAAGUUCAGUGUAAUGACAGGUUGUUUUCCGACACAAGCGGCCCAACCCUGAAAUCCAUAGACAGUGAAAAGCCUUCACAGACAGAUGUGGUGUCCCCUCUCAAGUCCACACCUUCUCCUAGGAAAGUGACAGAAGAUGACCGCCUUUCUCUCCCUACUCCCAAUGGUCAUCCAUUGAUUCGCAGACAAGGGAGUAAACUGUCGUAUGGAUCCAACGAUUCCAGUGGCAGUACAAACAGUCUUAACAAGAUAAGGUCACCGAUGAAGAAAGGUUCUGUUUUAGAUGUGGACCCCAUCAAUAGAAGCUUUAGCCGGGAUAGCUCCAAGACUCACUGUGAUAUUAAACUUACUCGAGGCCUUCACAACCAGUUGCUCCACUAUGUAAACUUUGACGCAUUUGAGGGCGUGUACCUGUGCCCAACCCCUAGUGACCUUGCAACCCUACAUAGCCCCACCCACCAACAUGUCCUCUACAACUUUUAUGCCUGCUGUCUAAGGCUUCAUCAGUCAUUUGUAACACAAGUCUCCAAGACUUCAAGGAGGGUGGGUGUUCCAGGGGAAAAUGGGAUGAGAACCCUAGAGGAAGGGGUCAUGUUCACCUGUCAACUACCACAGGGGCCAGACCCUAAAAAGCUUGCUCCUGUUAUCAUGUACUGGACUAUAGGGAGACGUUUUCCGGACGGUCAUGAGAUGUUUGUUUGUCUGGAGGAUGGUUCACCUCAGUCGCUUCUGGAACUGGCAUUUACCUACAACUUUGGCCUUACCUGAUAUUUUAACCCUAGGGCAUAAGUGUGUUACCAAACCAGUGUUAUGACAUAGAAUGUGAAAAGUUCAUGGAAAACCCAUGAACAAAUCUGGGCUUGAUGCUUGUUUUCAACUAUGAUGAGCAAAGACUGUUUACCAGUAAUAAGUUGAGGACUGUUUCGUGAAGUACUUCAGAACAGUUAAGUUUGGAAACUGACUUUGGAAAGUAAGGUAAUCAAGUCCCUGCUGGCAGGGAAUUAAAGUAAUCCGAGAAAAACUCUCCCGUUAAACUUGCCCCCUUAUUACAAUAUUAAGUCUGAGACAGGAUCAACCUAAGCUCACUAUUUUUGUUGCAGUAUUAAUUCUGUAAUUUUCUUCUUUGAAAGGGAUUUGAGAGUUUGAAAAGUAAUUAUUGGAAAGAUAAUGGUGAUAAGCUGUAUAUUGAAAUUUAAAAUCAAGUUUAAGCAAGUAAGUUGGCUAAAUUGAAAUAUGAAACUUAUACCUGUUAGGCUCAAGAUAUUUUAAGAUAUCAGAGCCAGGGCAUGUUUUCCGAAUUUGUUUGUUCAGCAAAAUAUAAAUGUUGUGCCAUCAAAGAAGUAUGAGCUAGAUUACAGCUUCAGGAUAUCAGUACUUUUUGUUAUUGAUUUCCCCUUGAAUGUUAAUUUAAUAUGGAAUUUUAUAGAUUUAUUAACAUUUUAAAUAUUAUACUUUUGUAGCUGUAUAUUCUUAUAGCUGCUACGGAUUUUUGACCAGGAGGAAAUUAUGAUGUGAUGCAUAUACUUGUGCUUUACUUUCUAUUCAUAUAUUUAUUAAGAGACGAUAGAAGGGACCAGUUUAGAGAGCUUUUACAUAAAAGUUACCAGUAUUUUGUAAAAUUAGUUUCUUGUUUAUAUGCUGAUAUUAUUUUGUUAUUUUUUCUUGCCAUAUUUAAGUGUUUUGUAAACCAACAAUGUCUGUUUAGUUAGUAAAAUUGUACUAAUUUAAUUAUAUAGUUUGCUUUAAAUGGUGCUUCCCCUUGUUAGCAUUGUCAUCAUGCAUUUAGAGAUUCAUUUGAAAGGGUUUUAAUACAUCAAAGAACUUACAUGUAUUGAAAGAUGUAUGUUUCGUAAAUGUUUUGAACUGUCUCUUAAAGCUGCACUCUCACAGAUAUACCGUUUUUACACCUUUUUUAUUUUUUGUAUUGGAAAGAGCAAAUUUUUGCGUAAAUAUCUGCAAACCAAUGAUUAAAGAUGGCUGACAAAACAUCAGAUCGCAAAUUUUCAUAUAUCUGUUCGAAAAUUAAUGUUUUAUGGCUAAAACCAUUACUAACGGUUUAAGAAAAGUGCAUAAAACAUCAAUUUUUGAACUUAAAUAUAAAAAUCUGUGACUUAAUUUUUGUCAGCUGUCUUAUAUAACUGGUGUCCAUGCAUUUUUAUCAAAAAUUGGUUCGUUUCAAGACAAAAAAUAUAUAAGUUUUCAAAACGUUCAAUCUUUGAGAGUGCAGCUUUACAGUAGAAUCAGGUAUGUUUACGGGUGUCCCACACAGAUAUCCAGCUAACUACAUUUUAACAAAGUUUGAUUGAAAUUCAAUCAUUGAAUGGAACUUUAUGAACAAACGCUGACUAAUGAGUGACUUGUACUAAGUUUAACAGAGUUGUCCAUUUAAUUUUCUAUUUACUGACUCGUAUACCAUCUUUUGGUUAAAUAAAUCAUUUCAUUUACAUCUUCAUAUAUCUGUACCUAUAACCAAGAGCUUCUUCUGAUGACGUCUUCACACAUUGUUAUAUUUCAAUAUCCAGCCUUAUAAAAUGUCAAGAGUCCCCAAACUUAAAGAUACUUUUACCAGAUCUCUGGCUUUCUUGUAACAAAUGUUUUAAGUCUGAUGUAAUAAUGGCUGCAUGCUAACUUUGAUGUAUCAAUUAUAACCGAAUAUAAAGUUAAUGAUGUCAUUAACAAACAAAAUAUUUCUUACCGAUUUGGAUUCAGAAAAUAUUUGGAAAUCCUUCAGAAUUAAAAUUCCAUUGGUCUAAAUGAUCCUUAUUGCCUUAUACACAGACAUGAAAUGAAGAACAAUCCCUUUGCAUGUAUUUGCUAAACAUUCACUGACAACAGUUACAUACAAAGUAACAUAUUAUUUAUCAUACUUUAAAUAGUAUUUGAUUGCUGUCAAGGGAUAAUUUUUCAAAAUGAAAUAUUGUAUUGUUUAUAUCAGAAACAAAUCAUACUGAUUAUGAUACAGCUUUUUGUAGGCAACGGUUAUCAGUGAUACAUAUGUGCCAUUCUUAAAAUGUAUAGAAUUGAAAUAUAAAACAUGAACCAUUUAGCUGACUGUGCCCACCAUUUAAGAGAAUUUUCUCUUUUUGAUUGUGUUUAAAGUGACAUUUGUAGACACUUAAUGACACAAAUUUUGUGCCGUUAUCAACAAAUCCGGGUUGUUUAUUGUUGUUGUUUUUUCAAAGAAAAAAUCUUGAUAUUGUCGUAGCCAUGGUGUCGGCAUUUUCAUUUUAUGAAGUAUUUUAUUAACCUUGGCCGUAACUUAAAAGCUGUUAAAGAUAUUCAUAUGAAACUUUGUACACAUGUUACUGGUGAAAAUACACACAUGUACUUAAAGUCCCAUUACUCUUGCUUUAAUAAUAAUAGUUGAGCGUAGGUAUCCGCUUGGGGUGCUCUUGUUUUCUGUAUAGCAUUUUCCUGUGUUCAUUUGUUUGUUAUAAUCCCAUGUAACCAAUGGUGCCAAAUUUAACUAACAAAUUAUGUGUGUGAUAGAAUUGUUUUAGUUCUAUGUAUUCUUUUGUGCCGUGUUUGUUUGUCCCAUGUACUCAUGUGUUUCAGGUAGUAUAUACAUUUGAAUGCCUGUAAUGUGCCUUUAUAGAUGCCCUUGUUAUUUUUUAUGAUUUUAUUUAUGUUAGUGAGUUUCAUGUUAGUUGUAUAAGAUGUUAUAGUAUACAGUUUAAAUUAUAUUUCGGUAAGAAUAAUCCAUGAUAUGCCCGUCAUAAGACAGAACAUAUUAUGGACUCACCUGCUGAAGGAGGUCGGGCGGCCAUCACUAAGUUGUUAAUGCUCUUACUCAAGAAUUACUUGGGUUUGGCAAGGUUUGACAGCCAACCAUGUUACCUCUGUCACGUCAGAGUUAUGGCCUUUCAAUUGCUUAAAUAACUCAAACUUUAAAAAAAAACUUCAAAAUUUUGACAGGUUUAUCUUGGGAUAUUUUGCCACUCUUGUUCAUAUGAUUACUCCACUUUUAUCAUAACUUGAAGAACAUCAUAUGUUUGCAAUUUUAAUUUGUAUUUAAUAUUCCGUCCAAUAUGAUCAUCUAUCUGUUGUGGUAUUGUAAGAAUUGUAGUAAAAUGAUUACUAUUAUUGUAAUCAUAACCUUAACAAUUCAUUUAAUAUUACCAAAUGAUUAUAUUCUGAUUUUUAUUCAAAGACAAAAUUUUCUCCUGUGAAUCGAUAUAAGUUUACUUUUCUUCAUUUGUUUAUGCAUGACAAGUUUUUUCCAUAGCAGAUUUGUUUCAUUCCAGUAUUAGUCUGUGAUUUUUUUUAAUAUGUUUUAAUGACAUUAUAUUUAAAAUGUUUUGUUGCUAUUUCCAUUGCGACAAUUGACACUGGUUACAUUUGGAAUGCUAUUCCAUGCAGACAAUUGCCACUAGUUACACUUGGAAUGUUACAUACCUAUUUCCAUUGACACUAGUUACAUUUGGAAUGUUACAUACCUAUUUCCAUUGACACUAGUUACACUUGGAAUGUUACAUACCUAUUUCCAUUGACACUAGUUACACUUGGAAUGUUACAUACCUAUUUCCAUUGACACUAGUUACACUUGGAAUGUUACAUACCUAUUUCCAUUGACACUAGUUACACUUGGAUUGUUACAUACCUAUUUCCAUUGACACUAGUUACACUUGGAAUGUUACAUACCUAUUUCCAUUGACACUAGUUACAUUUAGAAUGUUACAUACCUAUUUCUAUUGACACUAGUUACACUUGGAAUAUUGCAUACCUAUUUCUAUUGACACUAGUUACACUUGGAUUGUUACAUACCUAUUUCCAUUGACACUAGUUACACUUGGAAUGUUACAUACCUAUUUCCAUUGACACUAGUUACACUUGGAAUAUUGCAUACCUAUUUCCAUUGACACUAGUUACACUUGGAAUGUUGCAUACCUAUUUCCAUUGACACUAGUUACACUUGGAAUGUUACAUACCUAUUUCUAUUGACACUAGUUACACUUGGAUUGUUACAUACCUAUUUCCAUUGACACUAGUUACACUUGUAAUGUUACAUACCUAUUUCCAUUGACACUAGUUACAUUUAGAAUGUUAUGUUCCUAUUUCCAUUGAGACGAUUGCCAUUUGGAAUGUUAUUCCUCUUACACAAUUGACACUAGUUAUAUUUGGAAUGCUAUUCCAUUGACACAAUUGACACUAGUUAUAUUUGGAAUGCUAUUCCAUUGACACAAUUGACAUUAGUUAUAUUAGGAAUGCUAUUCCAUGCAGACAAUUGACACUAGUUAAUUACACUAGGGGGUAUAUAGGAGUGAGCUUGUCGGUCGGUCGGUCGGUCGGUCUGUCGGUUUUCAUGGUUUCCGGACGAUAACUCAUGAAAGGCUAGACAGAUUUGAACAAUUUUUGGUACACAGGUGUAACAUCAGAAGAUACAGGUCAAGUUCGAUAUUGGGGCUGGUGGGGCCAAGGUCAAGGUCACUGUUACUAAAAAUAGAAAAACGGUUUCCGGACGAUAACUCAUGAAAGGCUUGAUAGAUUUGAACAAUUUUUGGUAAACAGGUGUAACAUCAGAAGAUACAGGUCAAGUUCGAUAUUGGGGCUGGUGGGGCCAAGGUCAAGGUCACUGUUACUAAACAUUUGGAAUGUUUUAUAUCUAUUGCCAUUAGCACAAUGUAAAUGCUUAACAGUGCAAAGUACUGCACUAGUUUUGUCAUGAUUAAAGUCGAGCUAUUGCCAUCACUUUGGUGUCUUUGUUGACCUCGAGCGAAAAAUUUGAACCUAAAAAUACCUGAAAAAACAUUCACAAGAAACUUUGAGCAUGUGAUACCAGUGACAAUACACAUACUUAACACGGCAAGUAAUUAUAGCUUUGAUAAUAAGAAUGAUAAUAAGAAUAAUAGUGAAAAAAUACUUUUGCAUAACUAAAAACAAUGUCACAAUAUUUGUAUGAAAGUUGGUACAUAUUGCCAGUAAUGGCCCUUGAAUGGGCGGGAAACCAACCAGAGUGUAGUUGAAAACCGCUUCUGGUGCUCAAGUUACUUCAGAUAUUGUAUAGAAAAUCCAUUGAUUACCAUCUCUACAUGGCUUGUGCAUGUUAAUUUCUUAAAGAUCUGUUGAAAUGCAAUGAUGUAUGUUAAUCUCAUACAAAUGCAUACUUAAUAUCAACUUGAGAGUUUCUCCUACUUAUUGAUGAAAAGCCAUACUUCAUCUUUUCAGAAAUAUUUAUGAAAACAUAUUUGUGAAACCACACACACACACACACAUGUUAAUUUUAUUUACAAAAUAAUGGUUGUGAAAUGUUUAAAAAAAAAUCUACUUAAAUGUGUAUACUUGACAC